CUCACUUGCACCCGCCGUACACCCCACUGCCACCACCGCCGCAGCCGCAGCCGCAGUCACGUUCCCCACCCAAGACACCAGCGAGCGCGAUGGUGGGCAAGCGGGGACCCGGUCGUCCGCCUGGAAGCGGCAAUAAGCCCAAGCAGCAGCCGGUACCGACGACGAGCGCACAACCGGUGGAGUACCAGGUUUUCGGCUGUCAGUGGACGAACUGUCGUGCUAGGCUUCAUAACCUGGAGUGGCUUAAGAAACACAUUUUCAAGGUCCAUGUCUCUCAGCAGCUGACUUGCGGCUGGAAAGGAUGCACACACCCGGAGCCCAUGCCUGCGGCGCUGCUCUUUAAGCACGUGAAGAAGGCCCAUUUGGACUCUAUCGCUUGGAGGCUGGGCGAUGGACCAUCUGUGCCAACACCUGGUGAAAACACUAGCAAAACAGGGCUGUCUACGAUUCCUCAGAACUGUCGACCUGGCAUGGAUGACAUGCUCAUCUUCCCGGCGAGUGGUUCGUCGAUCCGAGCCUACCAUAAAGUUCACGGCAGAACUACCCAGCAGCAAAAAGCGCAGGAAAUCCUCAAGGCUGUGCAGCGACUGAAAGAACAGAUCGGGGUUGGUCUGGACCCGGGCGGGUGCGAAUUGACCAACUUUGUGCGGAAUGAGCGACAGAACACCGAGGAGGAUGUUUAUGAAGUGGUUGUCUAAACCUAUGGUAACUCCAUAUUACGGGAACCGGCAUUCUGCAUUGGGUGGUGUUAUCUUUUCUCUUUCUCAACUUUUCUUGAAUCAUUCAUCCGAGAGCGUCGGUCUCGAGGCCUAGGUGUUCCGGUUGCUUUUGUGGAGGGUGUCCUCUGACUCUACCCAGCUUUGGUUCGUCCCCAACCCGUCC